AUGGCUACCUCCCGAUCAUCGGCCGCUCGUCGGCUGAUAUCACUAUCAGUACAGCACACGCGAUGCUACUCUGCUCCUACCGACGGCGCAAUCCCACCUAACAAGGCCAAAUAUGUCCCUACCGAAGGAACAUACCCCAAGGGCUUCGUUGUCGGCAGCGCACAUGCUCAGGUCAAGGCCUCAAACACAAAGUUCGACGAUCUCGCCUUGAUCGCCUCUGAAGUCNNCCCCUGCUUCGCUGCUCUCGUCACCACCCAGAACCAUUUCCAGGCUGCCCCCGUUAGCAUCAGCAAGAAGAUCAUGUUCCAGCACCGAAGCGGCGCCAUCAGAGGUGUUGUCAUCAACUCUGGAUGCGCCAAUGCCGUUACAGGAAAAGGUGGACGUGAAGAUGCCAUCCGCAUGGCCAAGCUCACUCACAACCUCUUGAACAAGCGCAACCCGAGUCCUCGCGACAAGACUGCGGAGCUCGAAGCCAAACAUAGCAUCGACGAGGGCGCUGUCAAGAUUGCCGACGACGACCAAGAUGUAUCUAGCAUCCGUACCCUGGUCAUGAGUACUGGUGUCAUUGGACAGCGCCUUCCCAUCGAUCGUAUCGAAGCAAAAAUCCCUACCCUCGUAGAGUCUCUGGGCAAUACCCACGACCACUGGCUGCACUCAGCUCGCGCCAUCUGUACCACUGACACUUUUCCCAAACUUCUCUCUCGCCAGUUCACCCUUCCAUCGUAUCCUGGCAUCACCUUCUCAAUCGCCGGCAUGACCAAGGGAGCCGGUAUGAUCCACCCCAACAUGGCUACUCUUCUUGGUGUAGUUUGCACCGACGCUCCUAUCCAAAAGACUGCUUUGAGGGCACUUCUUUCCACUGCCACUAAUUCCUCCUUCAAUCGUAUCACUGUCGAUGGUGACACUAGCACAAACGAUAGCGUUGCCCUCUUUGCAAAUGGCAUGGCUGCUCCUGACAGCGAGCAAAUCCGCCUCAACCACCUUCAGAAAGAUGAACUGCGUGAAAAAGGCUUUUCCUUGGACCGACAAAGGCUCGAAAAGCAGUCAGAAGACUACAAGGAAAUGAACAAGGUCUUGACAUCUUUCAUGGAAGAUCUGGCCAAGCUUAUCGUCCGCGAUGGCGAGGGAGCUACCAAGUUCGUCACCGUAAAGGUAACAAAGGCUGAAAACGAUUCCGCCGCCCAUGCUGUUGCCAACUCCAUUGCUACCUCUGCUCUCGUCAAGACAGCGCUAUAUGGCAAAGACGCCAACUGGGGUCGUAUCCUCUGCGCUAUUGGAUACGCCCCGGGACAGAAUUUCAUCCGCCCUCAGCAAACCUCUGUCUCCUUCAUCCCCGCCGACGGCUCUGAGGAGCUCAAGCUGCUGGUCAAUGGCGAGCCUCAAGCUGUCGAUGAAACUCGUGCUGCCGCCAUCCUCGAGAUGGAAGACUUGGAGGUUCUCGUCAAGCUGAGCGACAAAGGUGUUGGUGAAGCUACUGUCUACACCUGUGACUUCAGUCACGAAUAUGUCACUAUCAACGGUGAUUACAGGACGUAG